GGAUACCUUGUGCAUGAAGACAGAUUUGUUCUAUGGCCUCGGAGUUGGGUGCCGGGGACGAUGGCGGCUGCACUGAGCUGGCAAAGCCCCUAUAUCUUCAAUAUCUGGAGAGGGCCCUCCGGUUGGACCAUUUCCUGCGACAAACAUCAGCCAUCUUCAACAGGAAUAUUUCUAGUGAUGAAAGUGAAGAUGGGCUGGAUGACAGUAAUCCUUUAUUGCCCCAGUCUGGGGAUCCCUUAAUACAAGUUAAGGAAGAGCCUACAAACUCAUUGCUUGGUGAAACUUCUGGAGCAGGGAAUUCUGGAAUGUUAAACACAUACUCACUAAAUGGGGUUCUACAAUCAGAAUCGAAGUCUGACAAAGGGAAUUUAUAUAACUUCUCUAAAUUGAAGAAAAGCAGAAAGUGGCUAAAGAAUAUUUUGCUAAGUGAUGAGUCCAGUGAGGCUGAGUCUCAGAGUGAAAAUAGUGAAGAAGAAGAUGAUGAUGAUGAAGAACUUAAUCUCAGUAGAGAAGAGCUUCAUAAUAUGCUGCGGCUACACAAGUACAAAAAACUUCAUCAGACUAAGUAUAGCAAAGACAAGGAGUUGCAGCAAUACCAGUACUACAGUGCAGGCCUGCUUUCAACAUAUGACCCUUUUUAUGAACAACAACGGCAUCUCCUUGGACCCAAAAAAAAGAAAUUCAAGGAGGAAAAGAAACUUAAAGCCAAGUUGAAAAAAGUGAAGAAAAAAAGGCGAAGGGAUGAAGAACUUUCCUCUGAAGAGUCCCCUCGUCGCCAUCACCAUCAAACCAAAGUCUUUGCUAAAUUUUCUCAUGAUGCUCCUCCUCCUGGCACCAAGAAGAAGCACUUAUCCAUUGAACAGCUUAAUGCUCGUCGCAGGAAAGUAUGGCUCAGCAUUGUGAAAAAGGAACUACCAAAGGCCAACAAGCAGAAAGCUUCAGCUCGUAACCUGUUUCUCACCAAUAGCCGAAAGCUUGCCCAUCAGUGUAUGAAGGAGGUUCGUCGAGCUGCCUUGCAGGCCCAGAAGAACUGUAAAGAGACUCUGCCUCGUGCCCGCCGUCUUACAAAAGAGAUGCUUCUAUACUGGAAGAAAUAUGAAAAGGUAGAGAAGGAACACCGUAAGCGUGCAGAGAAAGAAGCAUUGGAACAACGGAAGUUGGAUGAAGAAAUGCGGGAGGCCAAGAGACAACAGAGAAAACUGAACUUCUUAAUUACCCAGACAGAAUUGUAUGCCCAUUUCAUGAGUCGCAAGCGAGACAUGGGUCAUGAUGGAAUACAGGAAGAAAUCUUAAGGAAACUAGAAGACAGUUCUACCCAGAGACAAAUUGACAUUGGUGGGGGGGUAGUAGUUAACAUCACACAGGAGGAUUACGAUAGUAACCAUUUCAAAACCCAGGCUCUGAAGAAUGCUGAAAAUGCUUAUCAUAUUCAUCAAGCGCGGACAAGGUCUUUUGAUGAAGAUGCAAAAGAAAGUCGAGCAGCUGCCCUACGGGCAGCAAAUAAAUCUGGCACUGGGUUUGGGGAGAGUUACAGUCUGGCAAACCCAUCUAUUCGUGCUGGCGAGGACAUUCCACAGCCUACAAUAUUUAAUGGCAAAUUAAAAGGUUAUCAGUUGAAAGGCAUGAAUUGGUUGGCAAAUCUCUAUGAACAGGGUAUUAAUGGAAUUCUUGCUGAUGAAAUGGGCCUUGGCAAAACAGUACAGAGCAUUGCACUCCUUGCUCAUCUGGCGGAAAGAGAGAAUAUCUGGGGACCUUUCUUGAUAAUUUCACCUGCUUCUACUCUUAACAAUUGGCACCAGGAGUUCACUAGAUUUGUUCCAAAGUUUAAGGUGCUACCAUAUUGGGGAAAUCCUCAUGACAGGAAAGUAAUCAGGAGAUUCUGGAGUCAGAAGACCCUUUACACUCAGGAUGCCCCUUUCCACGUGGUCAUCACCAGCUACCAGUUGGUAGUUCAAGAUGUAAAAUAUUUUCAACGGGUCAAGUGGCAAUACAUGGUAUUGGAUGAGGCUCAGGCGCUUAAAAGUAGUUCCAGUGUUCGUUGGAAGAUCCUCUUGCAGUUCCAAUGUCGAAAUCGUCUUUUGCUAACUGGAACCCCCAUUCAAAACACCAUGGCAGAGCUCUGGGCUCUGCUACACUUCAUUAUGCCAACAUUAUUUGAUUCCCACGAGGAGUUUAAUGAAUGGUUUUCCAAAGACAUUGAGAGCCAUGCAGAAAACAAAUCCGCCAUUGAUGAGAAUCAGCUCUCUCGCUUACAUAUGAUCCUAAAGCCUUUUAUGCUGAGGAGAAUCAAGAAAGAUGUGGAGAAUGAAUUAUCGGACAAGAUUGAGAUUCUAAUGUAUUGCCAGCUGACCAGUCGACAAAAGCUACUGUAUCAGGCACUAAAGAACAAAAUUUCCAUUGAGGAUUUAUUGCAGUCUUCUAUGGGCUCUACCCAGCAAGCACAGACCACCACAAGCAGCCUUAUGAAUCUGGUCAUGCAGUUUAGGAAGGUGUGCAAUCACCCAGAGUUAUUUGAAAGACAAGAAACUUGGUCUCCAUUUCAUAUUUCCCUAAAGCCAUAUCAGAUUUCAAAAUUCAUCUACCGUCAUGGACAGAUCAGGGUUUUCAACCAUUCACGAGACAGGUGGUUAAGGGUUCUUCUUUCUCCAUUUGCACCCGACUAUAUCCAGCAAUCUAUAUUUCACAGAAAAGGUGUUAAUGAAGAAAGUUGUUUCUCUUUUCUUCGCUUUAUUGAUGUUUCACCAUCAGAAAUGGCAAAUCUUAUGCUUCAGGGACUUUUGGCCAGAUGGUUAGCUCUUUUCCUGACUCUGAAAGCCUCCUACAGGCUCCAUCAGCUGAGAUCGUGGGGAGAGCCAGAAGAAAAUCACCAGAGAUAUCUCAGAAACAAGGAUUUCCUUCUUGGGGUUAAUUUUCCACUUUCCUUUCCUAAUCUUUGUAGCUGCCCUUUGUUAAAGUCUCUUGUUUUCAGCAGCCACUGUAAAGCAGUGAGUGGCUAUUCAGACCAGAUCAUCCAUCAGCGGAGAUCAGCUACCUCCUUGCUUCGUUGCUGCCUCACUGAGCUGCCAUCUUUUUUGAGUGUGGCCAGCCCACGAGUCACCGCGGUGCCAUUGGAUUCUUACUGCAAUGACCGAAGUGCAGAAUAUGAGAGACGAGUAUUGAAGGAAGGAGGGAGUCUGGCAGCAAAGCAGUGUUUGUUGUAUGGGGCCCCAGAGCUGGCAGUGGACUGGCUCAAUCGGCGAUCCCAGUUCUUCCCAGAGCCAGCAGGAGGUCUCUGGGGCAUUAGGCCUGAAAACGGAUGGUCUUUCAUCAGGAUUCCAGGCAAGGAGAGCCUCAUCACCGACAGUGGAAAGCUGUAUGCCCUUGAUGUCCUUCUGACUCGGCUUAAGUCUCAAGGUCAUAGGGUCCUUAUCUACUCCCAGAUGACCAGGAUGAUAGACCUGCUGGAGGAAUAUAUGGUUUAUAGGAAGCAUACCUACAUGAGGCUAGAUGGGUCAUCCAAAAUCUCAGAGAGGCGGGACAUGGUUGCUGAUUUUCAGAACAGGAAUGACAUCUUUGUGUUCCUGCUAAGCACACGAGCUGGAGGAUUGGGUAUCAAUCUUACUGCUGCAGAUACAGUGAUUUUCUAUGACAGUGACUGGAACCCUACUGUGGACCAGCAGGCCAUGGACAGGGCCCAUCGCUUAGGGCAGACAAAACAGGUUACUGUAUACCGGCUUAUCUGUAAAGGCACCAUUGAAGAACGCAUUCUGCAGCGAGCCAAGGAGAAGAGUGAGAUUCAGCGGAUGGUGAUUUCUGGUGGAAACUUCAAACCAGAUACAUUGAAACCCAAAGAGGUGGUUAGUCUUCUUCUAGAUGAUGAAGAGUUGGAGAAGAAAUUGAGACUGCGACAAGAAGAGAAACGGCAGCAAGAGGAAACAAAUCGAGUGAAAGAGCGCAAGCGCAAGCGGGAAAAGUAUGCAGAGAAGAAGAAAAAAGAAGACGAAUUGGAUGGAAAGAGGAGAAAGGAAGGUGUGAGCCUGGUGAUCCCAUUUGUCCCGUCAGCUGAUAAUUCCAACCUCUCUGCUGAUGGGGACGACUCCUUUAUCAGUGUGGACUCAGCCAUGCCCAGCCCAUUCAGUGAGAUCUCCAUCAGCAGUGAACUGCACACUGGCUCCAUUCCCCCCGAUGAGAGCAGCAAUGACAUGUUGGUCAUUGUGGAUGACCCGGCCUCCUCAGCACCUCAGUCUCGAGCCACCAACUCUCCUGCUUCCAUCACAGGCUCUGUCUCAGACACUGUGAAUGGAAUUUCCAUUCAGGAAAUGCCAGCUGCAGGACGUGGCCACUCAGCUCGGAGCCGGGGCCGUCCCAAAGGUUCUGGCACCACAGCCAAAGGAGCCGGCAAAGGCCGAAGCCGGAAAUCCACCGCGGGCAGCGCUGCUGCCAUGGCAGGAGCCAAAGCAGGGGCUGCCGCAGCCUCUGCAGCUGCCUAUGCUGCAUACGGGUACAAUGUGUCUAAAGGCAUCUCUGCCAGCAGUCCUCUGCAAGCAUCCAUUGUUCGGCCCACGGGCCUUGCUGACUUUGGACCUUCAAGCGCCUCUUCUCCCUUGAGUUCCCCCUUGAGCAAAGGAAAUAAUGUUCCUGGGACUCCCAAGACCCUCCACUUGACCAGCAGCCUGGGCCCUGACUCCCUGGCCCGGAAGCAGGGCAAAGGCACUCACCCCUCUGGAAGCCGGUAACCAACUCCCAGGCUCUCCAGCUUACUUCAACCAAACCAGGGCUAAAGAUGCGGCCUGCAGAUGAACUCCCGCUGGCUUGCCCCAUGCAGCACCAUCCACAGCAGGCUGAAGUAAUCCCCGCCAGCACAGCGAGAACAGACAUCACCAGGCGCUCAAGAUGCAUUCUUUGGGGCUGCAUGGAGAACAGCCCUCGAGAGGCCUGUCACACGACGUUAUAGCCAAGUCCCACACCGUAUCCUGGGAGGGGCUGCUGGGUUCUGGCUUUGGCCAAGGCUUGGAAGUGCAGUAAAGAAUGUGCUUU